CUUUCGGACCGGUUGGCAACACUACACCCAGUCUCAGCUGUCAAGUGUCACACAUUUCUAAGGCCCCAAAUUAUCAAUUUUUACAAUAAAACCACCGAAAAAUGUCGAAAUUAAUUUCACAAGCUCCGGCUCUUGCCGCACGACUGGCGGCUGAGGCAAAACCGCGUCUUGAGACCUUUGUCAAGUACGCUAAAGUCGAGUUGACGCCUCCGACUCUUGGCGAUAUUCCCGAAAUUCGCAGUGGGAUAAGUCGUCUAAUCAGUGGGGCUAGAACGGGACGUUGGAAGGAAACUCCAGUCAAGGAGGCUUGGUUGAACACCCUUGUGACAGUUGAAGUAUUGUGUUGGUUUUAUGUAGGGGAAUGCAUCGGUAAACGUCAUAUUGUGGGCUAUGAUGUUUAAGAAAUUGUUAUUAACACAAGGUUGUAGUAAUAAACAUAUUUAAUUGUG